GCCAACACGCCAGUCACAAAUUAAAAAAUAAGAAAUAAAGAUUUUUGACACUCGUUCACCCACAGCACCAUUUUUAGUGAUCAUUUUUUUGUUUUUGCCUUGGCCAAAUCUUCCUUCCAGCGUUUCACAUUUCGGCCAUUUGUACGCCACUUUGGACUGUGUUUUUUUCUUAUACCCGCUUUUGACUUUCAAACAAAACUUCUUCCUUUCCCCACACCUCCCUCCGUCAUCACCACCACAUACUACACUUCGCCAACAUGUCAACCACAGCCGCAAACCCGGCUUUAACCACUGCUUCACAACGUCAAACUGGCAAGUCAGUUGCAAAGCAAGUCGAACAAAAAGCCGGAAACGAAGAAUCUCAACGUUAUUCUCAUCGUCAACCAAAAUCAUAUCGCAAAGAUGAUUUGAAACAUUUCAACGUUCCAGAACUGACAAUUAAGGACUUGUUGUCUUCCAUUCCUUCUCAUUGCUUUGAACGUUCAGCAAUCCGUUCGGGUUCUUAUGUCUUGGCCGAUUUCAUCAUGAUUGCCGCUUUGGGGUACGCUGCUUCAUUCAUCGACCCAAGUUUGAAAGCUGUCAACUUUGAUCAAUCUCCUUUGACACCUUUCAUCUCCGCUGCUUGGCAACAUUCUAUCGCUCGUUUCAGCCUUUGGUUCGCAUACACUGUCGUUCAAGGUUUGGUAUUCACCGGUGUUUGGGUUAUCGCUCACGAAUGCGGUCAUCAAGCUUUCAGUGCUUCAAAGACGAUCAACAACACUGUCGGUUGGGUCUUGCAUUCAGCUCUUUUGGUUCCUUAUCAUUCUUGGCGUAUCUCUCACGCUCGUCAUCAUGCCGCAACAGGUCAUAUGACCCGUGAUGAAGUUUUCGUUCCACGUACUCGUCAACAAAAAGGUCUUUUGCCUUUGCGUCCUGCAGCCGAUGGCACUUCAACACCCGCUUCUGAUGCAGAAGAUGAUGCAAACGUUGAACGUCAAUUAUCCUUACAAGAACAAAAAGCAGCUGCUGAUCAACAAGAAGAAACAUGGGGUGAAUGGUUACAAGAAACACUGGAAGAUGCACCUUUGUACAACUUUAUCUUUAUUCUUGUUCAACAAACAAUGGGCUGGCCCUUGUAUUUGCUUUUGAACAGUUCCGGUCAAUUGCACUACCCAAAGAACACAAACCACUUUGACCCUAACUCAAUCAUCUUUGAUGCCCGUCACAGAUCGCAAGUUUUGAUGUCAGAUUUGGGUAUCGCAAUCACUUUGACUUCCCUUGCUACUUGGGCACACUACGCCGCAGGUGGUUGGGCAGACGUUGCAAAGUACUACAUCGUUCCUUAUUUGUGGUGCAACCAUUGGUUGGUGAUGAUCACUUACCUUCAACACACUGAUCCAGUCGUUCCUCAUUACAAGCCUGAAACAUGGAACUUUGUUCGUGGUGCUUUGUGCACUGUUGAUCGUAAAUGGUUAGGACCCGUUGGACCUUUCUUCUUGCAUGGAAUUGCCGAAACUCACGUCUUACAUCACGUUUCCAGCAAGAUCCCACAUUACAAUGCUUGGGAAGCAAGUGAAGCAUUGAAGAAGCGAUUGGGAGAACAUUAUCAAUGUUCAAACGAGAACGUUUUUGUUAGUUUAUGGAAAUCAAUCAGAACGUGCAAAUUCGUUGAUGAAAACGAUCAAGUUGCUUUCUUCCGUGAUGCAAAUGGUGUUCCUUCUGCUUGUGUUGCACCUAAUUCGGCUUAUAAUUCCGAUUCAGGUGUAACUCUUUCCGAGUAAAGCAGCAAGCAGAACAAUGAUAUGCUUGCUUCUUUCCCACAUUUUUGUCUCUCUCUUCAGGGCUUUUACCUAGACAUACAAAACUUUCACGCACAAAACAACACAUCUCCUCCUUUCUCCAUAGAAAUAAUGUUGACGUCUAGAUAGAUAAAAUGAACAUUUUGUUAUCUAUA